GCGAUGCAUCAGAUUUACAGCUGCAGCGAUGAAAAUAUAGAAGUUUCCACCACCGUGAUUCCUUCCAAGGUGUCCAGUCCAACCAGGAGAAGAGUCAAAAGCUCUCAACACCUCUUGACCAAGAAUGUGGUGAUCAAGUCGGACCUCUACACGUCCCGGCCCCUGGAGCUGCUGCCGCACCAUAGCGACCGUUGGGACGCAGGCGAAGGCCGCAGGUUCAGGCGACUGCCCGGGGCACAUCCCGCCAAAACCCGCUCCAGACCUGUGGGGAUUUCUGAACCCAAAGCAUCAAAUCUGUGUGGGAAUCGAGCAUAUGGAAAAUCACUGAUUCCUCCAGUAGCCCGGAUCUCAGUGAACUCUCCAGCUGCAGCAGAGGUGGCAGCCACAGGCUCAGAGAAUGGAACUGUUCUAGGAAGAGGAUCCAGACAUCUCAAGAAGAUGACAGAAGAGUAUCCAACUCUCCCCCAGGGUGCGGAGGCUUCCCUGCCACUGACAGGCAGUGCUUCCUGCGGUGUCCCUGGCAUCCUCCGAAAAAUGUGGACCAGGCACAAGAAGAAGUCUGAAUAUGUGGGAGCCACCAACAGCGCCUUCGAGGCCGACUAAAGGUGACCCUUCCCAGGUACCUUGCACUGGCUGAGGUUCACAGGACAAGGGAAGAAAACUUGAGGAUUGGGACUGAGCCACACUCACCUGUACUAGUAGCUGGUCCGAACAUCAUUCUCUCUCACUAACUGAUCAUCCCGGCUUUGGGCAUGGAAA